AUGAAAACCAACGACAAGCUCGCCAAACACGUGGUGAUUGUCGUUCAUGGCAGUCUGCGCGACGGCGAUUCAUACUGGUCGCUCAUGAACGACAUAUUUGCCGACUUAAUAAAGCAAGGCGAUGCGCGAGUUGACCGCAACUUGAUCAUUGUCGCGCCUGAGUUCUUUUCAGCGGAACAGAACGAGGGUCAGUACAGUUCAAAACAGCUUGCGUGGCCCGACUUGAACUUAUGGCAGCCUGGCGAGGCUUCCUCCCGACCUAAAGGCUUAAACAUCUCUUCAUACGAAGCCAUUGAGAAACUAGUCGACCACUUUGACAAUUCAUCGCAGUACCCACAGAUGAAAAACAUUACUCUCGUUGGACACAGCGGCGGUGGCCAGCUGGUGAAUCGGUAUGCGACCCUUGCCAGGAAAUUGCCGCAGAACACGCACAUGCGCUUUAUCGUUGCGGACCCAAGCUCCUCGCUUUACUUCACGGAAGACAGGGCGGUGACAGACAAAAAUAUUGUGGACAAGGCGAAGUGUCCCCUAUACAAUUCCUAUCGAUACGGAUUUGACAACCUCACUAUUCCCAUCUACGGCGGCCAAUCUGCUCAGACCGGCUUCAAAAAUUACGUCACCCGCGACAUUGUGCAUCUUAACGGCCUUCUGGAUACGGAAGUGAAUGGGGACCAACAGUGCAUGGCGAUCCUGCAAGGCGGCACUCAGCGAAUCUCGCGCAAUUUUAGCUGGUGGAAGUACCUGAAUCUCAUUGCUGGCACCGGCGAGGACAUGAGAUUCUUCCCUGGAAAUUUUACAAACGUACCCAACUGGAAACAUCUCUACUCGGGCGACUUUACGCCGCGCCUCUCGAUUGUGGCUAAUGCAUCGCACGACGUCGAUCAGGUGUUUAACAGUGCCAUAGGCAACUCUGCCCUCUUUGACACCGAUGUCCUGCCCGGCUGGCGCCCCGAGAAGCCCGGCCAAAGCACCGACAGUUUCCCCAGUGCGGCCAUUCGUGCUCAAGUGCGCUUUGCGCUCUUUAUCCCGCUUGUCGCACUCACCAGCAUAUUUUUGCGUUAA